AUGGACAACUUUAUCGAGACUCCCGAUGCCGUUUUUGGCGAUAGAGUUCGCAGAUUCCAGGAGUUUUUAGAUACAUUUUCUGGUUAUAAGGACGCCAUAAGAACGAUUCAAGUGUUCAACGCACCGGACCGCAAUGCGUCUGAGGAUGCCGAGAAAAAAGAGACCAAUGAGAGUCCACAAUUGCCUCAAAGGGUUACUGUAUCAUUGGAUGAUCUGAGAGAGUUCGACAGAUCGUUUUGGACAGGGAUUCUGAUGACUCCUGCUAAUUUUAUUCCACCCGCAGAGCGCGCACUGACGGAAACUGCAAUGACGCUGGACGAAAAUCCUUCGAGGUUUCAAACCAAUGUAGUAUUGAGGCAAUGGCGGCUCUCAUUCAAGGGCUCGUUCGGAGCGCAUGCGCUCUCGCCACGAACUUUAAGAUCGCACCACGUCAACAAGCUGCUUUCGAUAGAGGGUAUAGUGACGAAAGUAUCAUUGGUUCGCCCUAAACUCAUAAGAUCUGUUCACUAUGCUGAGAAAACUGGCCGUUUCCACUACCGAGAUUAUCGAGAUGCCACCACAACCCUCACAACUCAGAUUCCUACCCCCGCCAUAUACCCUACUGAGGAUCCUGACGGCAACAGGCUGACAACGGAGUAUGGCUAUUCGUCUUUCAUGGAUCAUCAGAGGAUUUCUGUGCAAGAAAUGCCCGAAACGGCACCUCCAGGGCAGCUUCCGCGUUCAAUUGAUGUGAUAGUAGAUGAGGACCUAGUAGACAAAACAAAGCCGGGCGAUAGAAUAAAUGUCGUCGGAGUAUACAAAUCUCUUGGAGCUGGUGGACUCAACAGCAGUGCUGGGAGUAAAGAACAAGGCAAUGCACUGUCUGGAUUCAGAACGCUAAUUCUGGCAAAUACUUUAUACCCACUUCAUGCCCGUUCCACCGGUGUUGCCGCCAGACAAUCUCUCACAGAUUCCGAUAUCCGAAAUAUCAAUAAAAUCUCGAAAAAUCCAGACAUUUUUGAUCUACUAUCUCAGUCGCUAGCACCGUCCAUCUAUGGCCACGAUCACAUCAAAAAGGCAAUUCUACUCAUGUUGAUGGGAGGUGUCGAGAAAAACCUCGAGAACGGAUCUCAUUUGAGAGGAGAUAUCAAUUUGCUAAUGGUAGGUGACCCUUCUACAGCAAAGUCGCAGCUUUUGAGGUUUGUUUUGAACACGGCUAGUCUCGCCAUUGCAACCACAGGACGAGGAUCUUCCGGUGUCGGUUUGACUGCAGCAGUUACAAUGGAUCAAGAGACUGGUGAAAGGAGGCUAGAGGCGGGUGCCAUGGUUUUAGCGGACAGGGGUAUUGUUUGUAUCGACGAGUUUGAUAAGAUGAGUGACGUUGAUCGAGUAGCCAUUCACGAAGUUAUGGAGCAGCAGACGGUAACCAUUGCUAAAGCUGGGAUCCACACGACUUUGAACGCUCGUUGUAGCGUAAUAGCUGCAGCAAACCCGGUCUUUGGACAAUAUGAUGUGAACAAAGACCCCCAUUAUAAUAUCGCCUUACCAGAUUCCCUUCUAUCGAGAUUCGACCUUCUUUUUGUUGUCACAGAUGAUAUCAAUGAAAACACAGAUCGUGCUAUCAGUGAGCAUGUUCUGAGGACCCAUAGAUAUCUCCCUGCGGGAUACCUAGAAGGUGAGCCGAUUAGAGAAAAAAUCAAUCUCUCUCUAGCUGUUGGCGAAGACACUGACGAGGCUGCCGAAGAACAAGAAGCUGAGGAUGAAAGCAGGGUUUUUGAAAAAUUCAAUCCUUUACUACACGCUGGCGCUAAGUUGGCUAAAAAUAAAGGUAACCGCUUAGGGACGGAAUUACCCCAGAUUGUUUCAAUACCCUUUUUAAGAAAAUACGUUCAGUAUGCGAAAGAGCGAAUUGUGCCGGUUCUUUCGCAAAGUGCUGUGGACUUGAUUAUCAAAACUUAUGCAGAUCUUCGGAAUGAUAAAAACACCAAAAAAUCUCCAAUUACAGCUAGAACGUUGGAAACCCUUAUCAGAUUGUCAUCAGCACAUGCGAAAGUGAGGUUGAGCAAGAAUGUCGAGCGUGACGAUGCCAAAGUUGCAGCGAGGCUUUUGAAGUUCGCACUUCUUGGUGAAGACGACGAUGGAGAUUUUGGCUUAGAGGAUAGCGCGAAGCGAUCUCCUCAUAAAUCCCCUAAUAAGAGACAGAGAGUGAGAAAUCAGAGCCUUGCCCCAGCAAUUCCAUCAUCGCCCACAAGAUCCCGUAAUAAUUUACCCAGUACACCGCCUCAAUACCAGGGGAGCGAUCGAUCAGACUCCGAUAGUGAGAUUGAAAGCGACAUUGCUUUUUCUGGUUCUGAGGGCCUUGAGGAAAACGAACAAACCAUGUCUGCUCUACCAGCGAACGAGGAAGAAAACUUGCAGAGACGAUUGGAACAAGGGCUCAGAGUGUCACCUCGGAGAUCUGCAAAUCUCGUACGCACACAUGUAACCAGAGACGGAAGGCAUGUUCUCUCACCUUCUCAAAAUGUCAGAACUUCGCCUCGCGUUGCCCAAGAUGCCUUCGAAGCUUUACCAGACCUCACUCCGGUGGGAAAUGCCGAUCCAAGUACCAUUUCAGCCGGAAGACUCUCUUUAAUUUCUGGAAUAAUUGCGCGUUUAAUGCAGACAGAUCUUUUCGACGAAGAGUCUUAUCCUACCGAAGCUCUCUUGGCCAAAAUCAACGAAGAGCUGCCCGAGGAAGAUAAAUUUUCAAGGUUUGAGUAUCUAGCGGGCCUUAAAGUCAUGAGUGAUAGAAACAAUUUGAUGGUCGCUGAAGACAAGGUGUGGAGAGUUUAA